CACUACGUUGUACAUCAUCAUCAUGUAUCCUUAAUUAAUCGUUGACGGUCUUUUCUUUAUUGAGUCCUAUUCGUUUUCUUUCUUCGGGCCCAUCAUGGAGCGCCAUCAGUGCAUAGUCGCACAGGUCGCUUCCAAAGUCAAGGAAUACUUCACCCGCAAGGAGCCCUUCCGGAUAUCCCACGGCUCCACCAAUAGCACGCGUCCGUCUCUCAAAAAGCGCGUCGUCGACAUCAGCGAGUUGCGAAAUGUACUCAAAGUCGAUACUGCCACGCGUACUGCGCUCGUCGAGCCAAAUGUGCCGAUGGAUCGCCUUGUGGAAGCGACGUUACCCCACGGCCUUGUGCCUCCCGUCGUUAUGGAGUUCCCAGGGAUUACGGCCGGGGGAGGGUAUGCGGGAACUGCUGGCGAGAGUAGCUCGUUCAAGUAUGGAUUCUUUGACCGGACGAUUAAUUCCGUGGAGAUGGUGUUGGCGGACGGCGAGGUGGUCAAGGCGUCCGAGAAGGAGAAUGAAGAUUUGUUUCGUGGAGCCGCCGGCGCCGUUGGAUCGCUAGGCAUCACGACGCUCAUUGAGCUGCAGCUGAUACAGGCUAAGAAGUUCGUAAAGACCACGUAUCACCCAACCACCAGCAUCGCGCAAGCGGUCCAGGAAGUCAAGAAGCAGACCGAGAACCAGGAAAACCACUACGUUGACGGCAUAUUGUUCUCCAAAGAGCAUGGGGCUGUCGUCACAGGUGAGAUGACGGAUGAGCUCCCGAGCAAUGUGCAACCGCAGACUUUUAGCAGCCCCUGGGACCCCUGGUUUUAUCUCCACGUUGAGUCGCAGACAAGGAAUGUUUCAGCUCUGGUCACUGAAUACAUUCCACUGGCAGAGUACAUGUUUCGAUACGACCGCGGCGGCUUUUGGGUCGGCCGCUCCGCCUUCAAGUACAUGAACUUCCCCUUCAACAAGUACACGCGCUGGUUCCUGGACGACUUCUGCCAUACGCGGAUGCUGUAUCGCGCGCUUCAUGCAAGUGGCGAAGUAAAUCGAUACGUAGUGCAAGAUAUGGCGCUUCCUUAUCCAAACGCGGAGGAGUUCAUCUACUACACCGACGAGACCUUCGGAAUCUGGCCGCUCUGGUUGUGUCCCCUGAAGCAAUCUCCCCAGCCUACCAUGCACCCGCACACGAAAGGCGAACUUAAAGCUGACCAGAUGCUGAACAUCGGGCUCUGGGGCUUCGGGCCUAAGGAUAGGAAGCAGUCUCUCCAGAAGAACCAGGAUUUGGAGAAGCGGCUAGGUGAGCUCGGGGGCAUGAAGUGGCUGUACGCACACACCUACUACAGCGAAGAAGAGUUUUGGAAGCAGUUCGAUCGCGCUUGGCACGAGCGGCUACGGAAGAAAUACCGGGCUGCCACGCUCCCUGACGUCUACGAGAAGGUGCAUGUUGAUAUCGCGAGGCACGAAAAGUUGGCGAAGAAAAACUGGGGCCUGUGGCUGAGGGCGAUCUGGCCGCUUGGCGGGUUUUGGGGUCUUUUGAAGGCCAUCCGGAGCGGCGACUGGCGCAUACCGAGGAACUCAUCUUGGAGGUGGAGAUAGCACUGGUGGCUUGCCUAUGCAUGGAAAGAUCGGAGAAGGCCUUUCCAGGUAAUCCAGUCAAACGGUGCUGAGACUCCCCGUGAUCAUGUCAGGAGCGGCAGGUCAUCCCAAGCAUCGCAGAUAGAAUGUAUCAAGACUAAGAUCAAGCGCAUUUACGAAAAUCCAAUAGGGGAUGCCCCAUACCACCUCCGGUUCUCUCGUCUGAGCGAGUGUUUUCUCGCCGUACCUGGGUGCCCAAUGCUGAUUGGCACGGCUUGCUGAUGG